CGUAGCAGCGUCCGCCGGUGCGUGAUGACUCCAGAGCGUGCGUUCGGUGGUUCCUAGGGGAAGAUGGCGGCUGCUCCUUUGGAGGAGCGGGAUUGAGAGGAACGGAGAGGGGAGACCAAACAGAAGAGACAUUCCGGGCUCUAAAGACUAACGCUGCGCUGGCCGUUAGGAGCUCUGCUCUACGCCAGACGUAUCCUAGAAGGAAAACAUCACCAUGGCUACAGAAAUUGGUUCUCCUCCUCGUUUUUUCCAUAUGCCAAGGUUCCAACACCAGGCACCUCGACAGCUGUUUUAUAAGCGACCCGAUUUUGCACAACAGCAAGCAAUGCAACAGCUUACGUUUGAUGGAAAACGAAUGAGAAAAGCUGUAAACCGAAAAACCAUAGACUACAAUCCGUCUGUAAUUAAGUAUUUGGAGAACAGAAUAUGGCAAAGAGACCAGAGAGAUAUGCGGGCAAUUCAGCCUGAUGCAGGUUAUUACAAUGAUCUGGUCCCACCUAUAGGAAUGUUGAAUAAUCCUAUGAAUGCAGUAACAACAAAAUUUGUUCGGACAUCAACAAAUAAAGUAAAGUGUCCGGUAUUUGUUGUUAGGUGGACCCCAGAAGGAAGACGCUUGGUCACUGGAGCUUCUAGUGGGGAGUUCACCUUGUGGAAUGGACUUACUUUUAAUUUUGAAACAAUAUUACAGGCUCACGACAGCCCAGUGAGGGCCAUGACGUGGUCACAUAAUGACAUGUGGAUGUUGACAGCAGACCACGGAGGAUAUGUGAAAUACUGGCAGUCGAACAUGAACAACGUCAAGAUGUUCCAGGCACAUAAGGAGGCGAUUAGAGAGGCCAGUUUCUCACCCACGGAUAAUAAAUUUGCUACAUGCUCUGAUGACGGCACUGUUAGAAUCUGGGACUUUCUUCGUUGCCAUGAGGAAAGAAUUCUCCGAGGUAAAGUUAAGGGUGAGAAACCUUCACUCUGCCACAUUGCUUUGAUUUUGUGUUCAGUGUGUUGGUUGAAGAUGAGAAGUAUGGACCAGACACUGGGAACUUCAUGGUCCCACAUAUUCCAGCGUCACAUUGGUCCCAAAGAGCACAGAGAAUGCUGCUGCAGGUAUCUGGCUAACCAGAAGUCUCUCUGGGAAGGAACAAUAGCACAGUUUUGUGAUUUCUGUGUGCUUGACUGGGUUGUACAAAUAAACUCUGGGUCGUACAUAUACACAAAUGUGUUCUUCAAAAUGCAGCAACCAUGCCACUGAAGGAUGCUUUCAGUAUGUAUUUUAAAGAAGUGUUUCCACUAGUGAAAAUGGAUUUACUUUGAUCUUUCUGUAUCUGAUCCUGUGAUCAGGAAGAUAAAUACAAAGGCAAGCUGACUGCGUAACAAUAACUGAUGUAUGUGGGGAUCUCACUUGCAACCUGGCUUCAUUAGCAGUGCCAUUCUCUAACCAAUCAAGCCGAAGACCAAGUGAAACACUGAGAUGCAUUUUUUUUCAUCAGUCAUGCAUGGCGAAAGGUACAUUCUAUGAAUUGCAUGGAAUUAAGAAUUGGAGACAGUUUUAAGGUGAAUUUACACCUACACAAUAUGCCAUAUGGAAGGCUGAGAUCUGUGGUGCAAGAGUACUGGGGGAAUGGAAGGGUGGAAAGGUAAGGAAAUAAUUGGGUGGGAUUAACUUAAGGGUUGUUUUUCUUGAGAAUUUCUUUCUUUUACAGAGUUAAUAAACAUUCAUAAAAGGUUCAAUUAGAAGCAAGAAGUCAAUUUCUUUCCCCUCUUACUUCCCAAUUUUACUUUCAGAGGUAAACACUGUUCUGUUAAUAGCUUGGCAUGUAUCUUUUUAGACCUCCUAUAUAUAUACACACACACACAAAAAGAUACUUUUAAAAAUCACUACAUGAAAGGAGAUUAUGCUACAUAUACUCUUUUGCUAUUUGCUUUUCUCACUACACUGUAUGUUAAGGUGAUUUUUCUGUAUCAUUACUACUCUAGCCUUUUUGAUUGUAUGUAUUUACUGUAAUUUAUUUAACCAUUCCUUGCUGAUAGGCCUUUGGGAUUUUCAGUAAGUUUUUUACCAAGACACAGUUGUGCACUAAGUGUCCUCAUACCUUUGUAUUUGUGCCACUUAUGUAAAUUUUCCUUUUGGGUAGGCUCCUAAGAAUAAACUCAAUGAAGUGAAGAAUAUAAACAUUUAAACUUUUGGAAGAUGAGUUGUCUUCAUUGUCCAGGAAGCCAUUAAUGAUGAAGUUUAAGAAAGUCGUCUAGCUAAACUGAAAAUGACACAGGUUUAACAUUUUAGGAAAUGGUCACCACCUAAAUAUUUAACCUUAUUAUUAAAAAUUACUAAUAAUAUGCACACAUGGUAAAAAGUCUUUCCUCCUGCACCACAGAGGGAUGGAAUUUGAAAUUUAAAAAUCUGCCAAUUUUUUUUACCUCUCCCUAGAGGUGAUUUCUUAAAACUAAUUGUUUCUAUUCUUAUGGUUAUCAGAAUUUCACAUACUAUUUUGGUAUAUCUGUCUGACGCAGUGUCUCUUUCUGUCAUGAAAGGUGAGGAAAUUAGUGUUGUUCACACCACCGACCAUGCCUCCUCCUUCCUCAUUUUUGUCAUAAUGAACUGUAGUUUCACUGGUUUCCUUUAUUGCCUUAAAUGUUCUUAAACCUUUAUUUUUAAGGGGCCCACCAACUUCAGCCAAUAUUCCUUGGCUCACCGUUAGGUUACAGAAGGAAAUCUGUGUCUCUCAGUGUGUUUCCACUUCUGCCAUUUGAAUUGUCAGGGAUUUUAAGCCACUUUUAUUCUGUUCUUGAAUUAUGGUUACUUUCUGUUUUCUUCAUAUUUUAAAAUUCUAAACAAUGAGAACAAAGAAGAUAGCAUUUCUGCUAUGAAUGAUACUAUGAUAACAGAACCAAGUAGUAUAAUGGGGCCUUACAGAAAGAAUGAUAAUCUUGUGGCAGUUAAAGAAAAGCUGUUCUUCGUGGAAGUGUCGAGAUCAAGUAAGCUGCUUUUUUGUGAAGUCUGUGAUGCUAUCAACUGUUGAAAAUAAUGCGAUAGUUUAAUUCACGUUAGUUUGUCUUGCAAUUUCUAGUUACAUUUUCUUUUUAAAAAAUUAAUGUCACUAAAGUCUUUAUCAUAGCAAAUUUUUAGGUUUUCAGUAAACCUAUUUACUUCAAUUUGAGUAAAUAGUUUUUGUUUUUAAAGUCAUUCUUCUAAGUUCACUCAUUUUUUUUCAGUUCAGUUGAAAAAUCUUCAAAUAGAUUUCUCAGAAACAGCAUGUACGUGGUAAAUAAAAAUUACUGAGUCUGGAAAGGUAUUUAAUUACCAUCAUACUCGACUCAUAGUUUGGGUUUGAAUUCUUGGUUUGAGAUCCUUUGCCCUCUGAAUUUUUACAUCCUUCAUUAUCUUCUAUCAGUUUUAUUGGUAAAAAGUCAGAUAUAAUCCUGAGUCUCAUUAUUUUGUGUGUAUCUUGAUUUUCCUCACUGAAUGUUUUCUGAAUGAUCUCUGAGGUUUUUUUUUUUAAACUGGGUAUAGGUACGAAUAUUUUAAACUUUAUCUUUCUUGGCAUAGCAUCAUCUGCAGUCUUAUCCUUUUUCCAUUCAAAGGAUUUUUCUUGCUUUGAUUAUUGUUUCCAUUGUCUCUGCUUGUCUUACGGAAUUCUUAGGAGAUGACUGUUGGGCUGUUUGGAGCUGUCUUAUCUAUCAUUAUUUUUUCUUACAUGUUUUGUGUUCUGCCCUUUCUCUAAGUAUUGGGAGAUUUCUGUUUGUCUUCCGGAAUACUAAUUUAGUUUUCAUUCAUGCCCAGUCUGGUUUUCAGCCUGUCUGGUGAUUUCUUUUCUUUCUUCUCUUUUCUUUCUUUGAUACAGGGUCUCCUUCUGUCUCCUGGGUGGGAGUGCAGUGGUGCAGUCAUGGCUUACUGUAGCCGUGACCUCCUGGGCUCAAGCAAUCCUCCCACCUCAGUUUCCUUAGUACCUGGAACUACAGGUGUGAGCCACCAUGCAUAAAUAAUUUUAUUUUUAAUUUUUUGUUGCCUAGGCUGUUCUCAGACUACCUGUGCUCAAGCAAUUCACCUACCUCGGCCUCCCAAAGUGCUGGGAUUACAGGCUUGAGCCACUGGCCAGCCAAAAUUUUUAUUUUUAUUUAUUUUUAUUUUUUUGAGAUGGAGUUUCACUCUUGUUACCCAGGCUGGAGUGCAGUGGCGCAAUCUUGGCUCACGGCUCUCGAGUAGCUGGCAUUAUGCCCGCCAAUCAUGCCUGGCUAAUUUUUUGUAUUUUUAGUAGAGACAGGGUUUUGUCAUGUUUGCCAGGCUGAUUUCAAACUCCUGACUUCAGGUAAUCCACCCGCCUCAGCCUCCCAAAGUGCUGGGAUUACAGGCAUGAGCCACCGUGCCUGGGCCGAAAUUUUUAUUUUUAUCAAUUUUCAAGAAUUUCUAGUGGUUCUCUGGUCUUUUCGUUUUUCAUAAAGAGGCCUGUUUGUAGUGGGUUUACUUUUAAGGAAUAUGCCCUUUAAAACCUUGGAUAUAGUAUUUGAGAUGCUUGUGUGUAUGUGUGGUUUGAUCUUUCGUUCUUGUUUGUUUUCCCUAAAGUCAUAUAAUCUGUUUCUUUGUCUUUCCUGGUAUUUGCUUUUUCUCAAAUGCCCAGCGACCCUUGAUUGUCUAGAUAUUUGAAUAGUGGUUUGUAUUGGUUAGUACAAGUAGCUAUCUUGCAUUCUUUUGCAGUUAAGUUUGCUUACCUAUGAAGGUCCUCUCCUGGAUCGAACACUUCACUGUGGAUUUGUGUGUCUAUGUGUGUGCUUGUACAUGUGUACACACAUGUGCAUGUUUUUGUGUGUUUAAUGAAGUGAGUGGAGAAGCACAGGCCACUGCCACAUUUGUCAAGUAAGUGGGUUGUGGGUUGUACUCUGAGGUGGAGUACUUAGUCUUACUCUCCUUCCUCCCUCCCUCCCCUUUCCUCUUUUUUCUCCUUCUCCCAUUCUGCACCCCCACCCCCUACUUUUUUGCAUUUUCAGGGUCAUCCUGUGGUAUUUCCACAAACUUUGUGCUGCUUUACUUUUCAGCCUCAAAUCCUACUCUGGGGUUUCCUCACAGACUGAAAUGCGCUUUGUGUAACAAAUGUGCUUUGUGUAAUUUGCUUUGGCUGGCUGAUAGCAGCUGUUCUACAGAAACAGGAAGUCAGGAGGGACAACCUGGACAAUCCUCCUGUCAUUACCUUCAUUAUUUCAUCACAGCCUUUGUCACUGAGCCUUUGCCACAACCUUUGUUGCUGACAGCUAUAGUCUUCUGUGUAUUUUGGGUUUCAUUUUUCUCUACUCUGGUAGGGCCCAUCUGUUUUUAGAGAAUGCCCAUGUUUUGGUUGAAGUGUUUUCAAAAUUUUCUAAAAUUUGUGGUCAGUAUAUAUCAGUCUUGAGAAAUAAGUGCAUCCUCUGUAAACCUUUGAAAGUAAUUUAGGAAGAGGCUUGCAUAUUUCAUUUUACUUGGUAUUAUUAAAUCAUUAUUUUAUCCUGAAGCACAAUUCCCGUUUCACAUUAGUGACCUUGAAACAAUUUUCUUACCUGUCCUUAUAUUCUCCUUACUUCGAUCAUUUUUCCAUUUCUUAGUAAGUCUUUCAUAGUGAAAUUUUAAUUGUAUACUUGAAGCUUAAGGUAAUCCAUGGCAUUGGGGGAUUUAGAGAUAAGUAAUCAAUUAAAAUAAUUGAAAGAUUGUGUUGAACCCAGCUCUUUUUCUUUUUUCAAGGCAGGGUCUCACUCUGUCACAUAGGCUGGAGUGUGGUGGCAUGAUCUCAGCUUACUGCAGCCUUGACCUCCUGGGCUCAAGCCUGCAUCAUCAGCCCCUGCCCGUGUAUCAUUGGGCAGCAUGACACUCUGCUACUAAUUCGUGUGUGUGUGUGUGUAAAGUGCAUGGAUUAUAGACAUGUGCCACCACAGCUUUCCUGGCAUUUUUCCUGUAGGUUUUUUGCCCCUUUGAAAUGAGUUAAUGAUCUUUAACAACACAGAAAAUGUAGAGGGAACUGUAAAAAGGAAGUGAUUGGGGUAUCAUCUUCUCAGUGUUGGAGACGGCGUUGUAGUCUAGUGGAAUCAAUAGUUACAUUAGAGUAUUACGUUAAGUACUUUGACUUAAAUACUAAGUCUUAGUAUUGUCUUUCUUAAAAAAAAAGCAUACUCAACAUAGUGAAUGUAAUGGUGGUCUCUCAUUUUAAGUUUUCUAGUUCUGAGAGGUAAAUGGCAUUUAUAUCAAGUGUAUUACUUGGGGGUGAAUGUUCAUAAUCAGAAUUCAGAGUUAUUUUUUCCAGAGUCAUUUGAAAACUGAAAUUUAACAGUUUUACAGAUGUUUCACUUUGGGAACACGCUCUCACAUCGAACCAUUUUCUGCUUUCCCAUACUCUGUUCAUAGUAGUAAUAGCUCUUACUGGAUAAAUACGUCUGUAUGGAAAUAGCUGUCCGCGUGGUGAACUUUUUCAGGGCAGAGAUUGGAUCACAAUGAAGGCUUUUAUUCAUUAAAUGUUCAAAAUAUACGCUAGGCAUGAAGCUAAGUGCUUCAUAUAUUUUAUUCUUGAAACAACCCAAUAAUUUUUGGUAAGAAUCUUCAUUUUAUACAUGUAAAUAUUAAGGCUUAACAAGAGUUAAGUAGAUGACAUAAGGACAUAACUAGUAACAUCUGAGAUUUAAACACAUCCAGUUUAUUAGAAAUUUUUUACUAUUAGCCAUUUUGUAGCAUAUAAGCACUGAACCUAAUACCUAUUUGAAUUAUAUUUAACGUACUGUUUUCUUGAUUCCAAAUGUAACUGACUCGACACUGUACUUCUGCUUUCAUUGGACACAGCUACUUUCAUCCUUUGGUUAUUCUCUUCUUACGGGGGAAAAUUAUAGUAGAAAGUGGAAAUGAGAAUUUUUGUGAUUUACUCUUGGUCCUGGCUCAUAGAGGAAAGUGGAAUAAACCAUUAGUCUGUUUUCCUGAAUAACAUAGUUUUAGAUUUUAAAUGAUGUGUAUAUAGGUCUAUUUUUUUUUUUUUUUUUUUUUUGCUCUCUCAUCAUUUUCUCAUUCAUUCAAUAAAGAACAAGAACAUGGCAGAUUUUAAACACCUUCACAAGGAGAUACUGGUAUUGUUAAGAUAUGUUAAGUUUAAUUUGAACUGGUUUGGAUUUUCCUAAUAUGUAUUCCUUGAUUUUUCAUAUUUCUGGAAUGGUAAGAUCUUUUUUCUGAGAUCUGUGGGCAAAAAUUUUUAAGGUUCUUAUGUGUCUUUUAUUUCGUGUUUACAUUUUUUAAAAAAAGUUAUUAGAGAUAGGGUUUCACCAUGUUGGUCAGGAGGCUGGUCUCAAACUCCUGACCUUGUGAUCUGCCCACCUUGACCUCCCAAAGUGUUGGGAUUGUAGGCAAGAGCCACCGAGCCUGGCUCAUGUUUACAUUAUAACGGGACUGGUUAGAUUUUUAAUGCUUGAUUCAAAUCUUUUCCUCCCAUUUCAGCACUUUGAAGAUUAUAUUCCCUUCUCCUCUUCUUUUUAAUCAAGAAAAUUAUUUACAGAGUGACUGCUUGCAGAGCAGGACUAGUCAACCCAUAGGCAGUAUGCCCUGAGUAGCCCCACUCUCUUCUUGCAGCUAGUGUGUUGAUGAGAAGUGCUAUAGUAUAUUGCAGAAUGCCCCUCAGUUGGGAUUUAUCUACCAUUUUUCUCGUGAGUAGCCUGGGGAUUGUCGGUUUUGAGAGGAAGAUCACAGAGGUAAAGUGCCAUUUUCAUCAUACCAUGUCAUGGGUGUAUACUAUCUAUGACUUGAUGUUGAUCUUGAUCAUCUGCUAGAGAAUAGAGUUUGUCAAAUUUCUUCAACAACAGCUACUCUUGUUUCCCUCUUUUCAUGCUGUACUCUGGAAUAAAGUCAUGAUAUUAAUAUAUAGCCCACACUUAAGGAGUGGAGUGUUACACCCCUCUUUUCAGGUGGCAUAACUGUGUAAAUUAUAUGGAAUUCUUAUGCAUGGGAGACUUGACUGUUCUCCAUUUAUUUAUAUUUUAUUUAUUUAUUUUUUGACACAGUCUUACUCUGUCACCCAGGCUGGAGUACAGUGGCACAAUCUCGGCUCACUGCAGCCUCUGCCCCGCCCCAGGUUCCAGCAAUUCUCCUGCCUCUGCCUCCUGGGUAGCUAGGAUUACACGUGCAUGCCACUACACCCAGCUAAUUUUUGUAUUUUUAGUAGAGACAGGGUUUUCCCAUGUUGGCUGGGCUGGUCUUGAACUCCUGACCUCAGGUGAUCCACCUGCCUCAGCCUCCCAAAGCACUGGGAUUGCAGGCAUGAGCCACUGUGCCUGGCCCACUUACUUGUUUAUUGUUAUUUGCUUAUAUCAGUAGGGACUAAAUGGAUAUUUUAUGGGAAUUUUUAUUAUGGUGGGAAUUUUUUAACAUAACCAGCUCCCAGUUGGAAGUUUUCUCAGAUUACAUUUUUCUUUGAAGCAGAAAUGGAGAUGUUUGUCAAGAUCCAGUUGGAGCAUGUGUUAUCUCCGAUUACUCAUUAAUAGAAAAAUCUUAGUUUUAGCUGGAAAUUAUGCAGUCUGCUAGGGCUCAUAUGAUAGAUAGAUACCUGCCUCCACAGUAUUUAAGAGUUCAUGUACUCUUCUUGUUUUGAUAGAGAUAGGUUUUCAUCACUGCUAUUGUUACUUCCUUUUCUCCCAAGAGGGGAGUAGGUGGACAAGGUUUAGGGAGGCUCAUUUACCAACAGUGUGUGAAUACGCCCAAGAAGAUUCUGGCAAAACACAGAUUCAAAGUACAGUUGAUGCUCUGGAUGGCUCUGGGAUCACUACCCUUCUGCUUUGACAAGGAUUAUUUGUUGCUUUUAUGUUUCUAAACUCUCAAAAAGAACUGUAUCCUUAAUCUGGCCAACUGAAAGUGAACUUGUUUACCUCUUUACCUUGCUUUCAGAAGGACUGCCUACUGUGGAAGUGCUCCAUAAGUAUCACUUAAAACAUCUUUUGUUUCUGUUCUUGUUUCUGUGUUUUCUUCUUUACUAGGGCCGUCAGUCUUGGCUUCUCUUUAUUCUUGGUCUGGGUUGUCUGCUGGCACUAAUACCUCUAUUAUUAAUGUAGCAUAGGUGCUGGCCUUUUUGAUAGUCUUGGUAUUGCCAAACUCCCAUCAGUCUUUUGAAUGUCUUUUCUUUUUGCAUUUUUCUAGUUUUUCAAGUGAUGACUAUAUGCUGCUUUCCUUGACUGUAUAUAUUGCUACUGAAUUAUGAAUAUCUGCAGAAAUAUUUACUAGAGAACCUGUGACUGUUGAAUUACUUGUGCCUGAACAUACACACAUAUGUAUACACGCAUACCUCAGAGUGCUUUUUCUUACAAUGGACUUUGCUGCUGGUUUCUGCACAUGGAACACUGGUAUCUCCUGUCUCAGACAAAUGGCUGAAGUUCUCUAUAUGAUAUUGAUGUGAACAUCAAGGAAUUGAACGAAUACAACAGAAAUGAGGUUGAAAAAUAUUUGGUUGCUCCAUUCCUUUAAGCAUCUUUGAUGAAUACUCUGCAAAGUAGCCUUUAAAAAACAUAAAUUAAAAAGGAGAAUUUGCUGGUUAGCACAAAAACACACUGCAAAAUUACUUCUAUCUGGUUAUUAUAACUGAAGAAUAUAGAAGAUUGACACACAUUUUUUACACCCUCAGGCAGUGUUUUGGAAAUAUAUCGAUUACCUGCUUUUCUACAUUUCCUUAUCCUCAAGAUUUUUCUAAAUACAGCCUUUAAACUUGACUCAAAUGGAAAUUGUGCACUUCCCCUUUAUACCCUUCCUCACAUUAUUCUAAGAGUUUAACAGCAGCCUGAUAUGUAAGUUUCAGCAAAACUUAUACCUGUAUAUCUUUUUAUUUGACCCAACAGUUACAUAUUUUACCAUAGAGUCGUAAGAAUUUGCUCACUUUGAUGCCAGAAGUACUUAAGUAGUUACAUGGCACUAAUCUUAUGAGUUGUAUACCUAAUUUCAAUUUCUAACCAACUUGACCGUUUCUUUUAGGUUAGUCUUUGUUGGUCUUCCAUGUAAAUACAAGUUGUUACAAAUCAAUAGAAACCAUUUUACUUGCAUAUGCAAGGUAAAUAUGUGACUUAAAUAGAGACUGGCAGAUGGAUGGUGCAUCUACCACUAUCCAUUUGAGCUUGCUGUUUUAUGUUUGUGUAUUGGUUGCUCCUGACACUAUACAUUUCAAAAUUUUUUAUAACUUGAAAAACACUUACAUGCUACCACUCUGUUCUCAUCAAAUCCUUAUAUUUUGCCACACUCAUUUCUGAAUUUUCAGUGAGGAAACACACAUUACAGAUGAAAGGUUAAAGGCCCCUUUACAUGCCCUUCCCUAGUCUCCUCCUCCUCCCCCAGAGGUGUCCACUCUCCUGAAUUUAGGUUUAUCAUUGCCAGACAAAUGUAGGAAACUAGUGUUUCACAUUUCCAAAAUCAGCCUUCUGGCGGACUUGAAAGAACUCUGAGAAAAGAAGACUUGUGACCAAAUUCUCCCACAGAUUUGUAAUAAUGGACAUAUUGAAGGGACUGAAGGCUCUCAGACUGGGAAAGAAACUUAUUUUAAAAUUCAGCAUUGCUCAGCUUCUUUGCCGAACCCCUUCACCUGUGAUUCUAUGCACUGUUGCUUGAAACAUACGUUGUGAAAACACUGCCCUGCUUAGACAUACCCACUUUCCGGAAUUAACUUCCCAUUUAAUUCUAUAGUUUUUCACUGAUGUAACUUUCUAGAUUUGGACAACAAAGAUGACUAAUAGUAAUCACUCCAAGUUGCUGUUGACUGUUGGGUCGUGGUGAAAAUCAUUUUGCAUUAAAGGAGGUUAAAAUGCUAAUAAAUUGCUUAUUCCUUGACCUACACAGAUUACGUAUGCUUUUUUAAAAUCUUAAAUCCUCUGUCCAACUGGAUUGUCUGGCUAUGGACCAUGGGUACUCAUAUACCCUUUGCCUUAAACUGAUCUGUUACAUUUUAUGUUCCUGUGGCUGGAAGUCGCCUGAGUUUGCUGUUAAUGUUUAACACAUUUUGUUGAGUAAGAGUUCUGUUAAUGUUGUACAAGAUGGUACUUGAAUUCUUUGUUUGCCUUUUUUCUUCCUGUAUUAGAGAAUCUUGGUGCUUUUUGUAAGUUUUGUAUAAAAGAAAUUUUUCUUAAGAUUUGUUCAUAAAAUGGCCUGAUCCAGGAAAAAUAAAAUGGGAACAUGAACACUA